CAUGACUUGAAAGUUUAGAAGAUGAAUUGCUUGAUCUUGGCAAUAUCAUAAUAUUGAGGAGUGCAAGAUAGUUAUUUUGAUGUGUCAAUAAUAUCUACCAAAACUAGUUUAGCAACCAAUAAUCAAUGAUCACAUAGAUGAAUCGUACCGUGAUUUUUUUUCUUUAAGAAAUAGCUAACGAUUUAAGAACUCUUAUUUUCUUCAUGUGCACUAUGAAGCAAUAGGCUAAAAUAAGAGCGUUAUAAAGAAAACUUAAUUGGUAUCAUCAAAGUUAAACCGCAUAGUGAAUAGUUUUUUUUUUUUUUUUUUUUUUUUUCGCAUUGAUCACUGGUAACACAUUCAAAUGAAGGAGUAUGAACUUAAUUAUCAUAAAUAAUAAAAUAUGGAAAUAUGAAUUCCUCGAAGGCGUUGACUAAUAUAGUUAAAUACAAUUCUAGUUGCAUCUUAUCCUCCUUGAAACAUCUGAAAUAAAGCAAAAGUAAAUGGCUGCAAUCACCAAGUUAUACACUUUGUGCUCUCUUCUAAUGGCAUCACUAUUUGCUUAUUCUGCAUCUGUGCAGCUAAAUGACCCUGAUUGGUACUUUUGGUUUCCCCUCUACCUUGGUGCUUGUGUUGUUAAUCUGGUGAUUUGGGCUGUCUCAUCCAAAGCAAUCAAACAAGUUGCUGAGGCUGCACUAUGGCUUGGAAUAUUUUUGUUCGUCAAAGUCACAGCUGAAAGUGCUUCUGGGUUCUUGUCUCUGGAUUUAAGUGAGAGAGUUAUUAGGGAAAAAGUAGGAAGUGGGUUGGUAAUAAUCUCCAUGCUUUUGCAAUUGGCAGCAUCAAAAUCUUCAUCAGCAAAAGCUCUCCCACAACAAAGUUAUUAUCCAACAUCUGUUAAAUAUGGAAUGGCAGUUUUGGUGGGAUUCAGUUUUGGACUGCCCUUUGUCUUCUUUGUGGUCCAAAAGGUGAAAUGAAGUUGUGAUAUAAAACACACAGAAGCAAAGCAUCAAAGCGUGAAACUACAUGGAAUCUCUGCUGGUGAUUUUGUCUGGUUUUUGUUUGUUCAAGAAAGUAGUCAAUGCCAUAUUUUUGCCUGUUUUUCGUAGCAGAAGCCAUAACCGCGGCAAAUUCUAACAUGUAACCGAUUGUAUAAGAUAUAAUUCAGAUAAUUUUUAACGUUAUUGGCAUCAAUGUUUUAAGAAUUUGUUUGAGAUUGCUUCUUAAAGGCCUUCUAACCGUCAAAUCAUAUUUGACUGCAUUAACUAAGCGCUUAGGCCAUCUAGGCGGGCCUUGUAAGCACAUGCUCAUAUGCUUUUUCAAGAAGCACUUGAAUUUUUAACAAAAAUUUCAAGUGUAAUCCCAAACAAGCCAAAAACUUUCAAUCAGAACUGCAGCUAUAGCUAACAAAAGUGAGAAGGAAAUUUAGUUUUAACGUCUCAAAUUUGCAUCUCUCGCUCUUACACCAAAUCAUAUUCUUGUAUAUUGUCGCACGAGGACAAUACAUUAUGCAACUGCAGUAAAGGAACUAAUGAGAAUAAUCGAAGAAGCUGGGAUCGUUGAGCAAAAGUAGAAAAACCAUAAUUUCAACAAAUAGGAAAUAUAUAUGAAUUGGCCAUUUAAGCAUUCCAUCACUACAAAACCUAAGAACUUCUACCAGAAAAUAAAAAUAAAAAUAAAAAAAGGAAAAAAAACAUCUACAGUUAGCUAAUCCAAAACGGCUACAGGAUCAACGAAAGUAAACAAAAAAAAAAACUGAAACAAAGGAAAACGGUGAAGUUUUGUCAUCCUCAAUUCUUUAACGAACUACUAAAGAAAAAAUAUCGGUACAAUCUACCUGCGGUAAAGAUCACACACGGUAUUGGAGCGGAUUGAAAGCUGAAUAAACCCUU